AGAAAUUGUGUGACAAUAUAUUAGUUGACGAAAGCAAAUGAGAGAGAAACACAUCACGUACAUCUUUCUUUCAUAAACAAAUUUAUAUUCAGUAUUUAAUGAGGUAAAAUUGUGUCACUUUUAAAUCCAGAAUUGAGCGCUGGAUGUAAGUCAAAAUUACAUUACAAUCAGCAGUAUAAAAUAAUGAUCGUUUAUGAUGUGAGACGAGAAGAUAAAUUAGAACUUAGCAGCUGUAGACGCACGAUAUAUGUUGAACAAAGGUUCGCAAAAUGCUGGGUCACAAAAUGUGUGAUCACAAUUUUAUUAUUGUGUUCACUCGUGGAAAAUGUAAACUCAAGUCUUCCCUAUGACACUAUACCAGAAGAAGUUACAGAGCCAUGCACAGGGCCGCCUGUGAUGGGAACAUGCAAGAGCUACGUACACAAAUGGUACUUCGACAAGGAGACCGGCAAUUGUUCCAUGUUCGUAUGGGGUGGCUGCGGCGGCAACGCCGCGAAUAGAUUCAACUCGGAAGUUGAGUGCCUCUUUACGUGCAUCGGAGCACCUCACACCCUUCACCCGUAUAUGACGACUACAGAAUCUGCGCCGACGGAAGCAACGCAAUCCAUGAAAGGCUUAUAUCCGGUGCCAAGCACGCCGCGGCCUGUUCCGGCGGAAGAACGAGGCGUCGAACUCACUUUCCAAGAGACUGGGCACGAGAAAACUUUUAUGUUUGCACAAAGCAACACUUUCAUACAACUCGACGGAGAAGUUAUACAGACAUUCCAGCUAAGAUUGUGUCGAGAAAUAUCAUUUCAAUUUCGAACGAGAUUACCCCAUGGACUGCUCGUAUAUCACAACGUGAAAACACCGGAAGGUCUCCACAUGGAACCUUAUGCUUUAUAUGUGAUCGUUGAAAAGGGACAAUUGAAGGUCGUCCACGUAUUUGGAAAACAUUCCACGAGUGUUACCGUCGGAGAGGGCUUGAACAGGGACGAGUGGCACAAUGUUAUGGUAAGGAUUGACGUCCACGGAGCCAGGCUAAUUGCAAGCGUAGAUUCACAAGAGGAGGAAGUUUAUAUUAAAGGUUUAAAUACUGAAACUAAUUAUGGCGUAUUUACCAAUCUGACAUCAGUCGUUCUUGUUGGCGGUUUGAGCUCAGAGGAAAAGCUACAUGGUGUGAAAUAUAUAAUAGAAUCAUUUGUUGGAUGCAUAAAAGAUGUAGUACUGAGCUCUGGUAAGGCGGCAUCAGAUCUAUUACCUAUCAGGCCUCUUAUUGCCACAAAACAUGAGAACGUGCAGGAGGGUUGCCUGGAUCGAUGUCAUACAAGAGAAAAUCUCUGUUUCGUCGGAUCGUAUUGCGUGAACCAUUAUAACGGUUUGACUUGUGACUGUUUCGGAACCAGAUAUGAAGGAGAACAGUGCGAUGUCUACACUGCUACAGUACUAACUUUGCGAGGUUCAAGUUAUGUCUCCUACAGAGUUUAUGACUGGAAAGAUAGAGUUCAUUCUCCAGUUAAUAGAAUUAGCCUUAUUUUCAAGACAAGUUAUGACGACUCGGCAUUGUUUCAUGCGAGCGGAGAGUACAUCAAACAUCAAUAUAUUGCUGCAUCUAUUAGAAAUCAUUCCGUUUACGUAGAAACCGAUUUUGGUGAUGGCCAAAUAUCAGUCGAUCUAGGCCAAGGUGUGACAAGCAACUACUGGCAUAAUUUAACUAUUUUCCAUAACUACACAACCAUACGGAUAUCUUUGGAUAACGAGAUCGAACUCAUAAAUAUACCAGGAUCACUAAAACUACUUUAUAUCGACCCGGAAAUAUAUAUCGGAGGAGGUCCAGAGUUGCAUAAAAAGAAAGGGCUAUCUUCGAAUAAUAAUUUUGCGGGUUCGCUGAAAUAUGUAUUCUAUAAUGACAUUUCAAUUCUUUACGAACUUAAGAAGAGUAAUCCAAAAGUGCACUAUAUAGGUGUUCUUGAACCAGAAUUUUACGAAACCGAUGUAGAGGUAAUACCUUUCACAUUUCCCUUUGCAAACUCGCACAUAUGGUGGCCUAUAACCAUUACCGAAAGCUUGGAUUUGAAAUUUGAUUUUAAGAGCAGUGAAAAUAUUGCUAUAUUGGCUUACGCCGAAGUAACUACCAGUUCUGGAAAGGGUUAUUUUGAUGUAAGGAUGGUGAAAGAAGAACUGCGAUUCGAGUUGGUGCCCUUAGGAAAUAACAAUAUAACGCAUGUAAUAUCUGUGAAAUUUGAUUCAUCCGGUACAUGGCACGCGGUGGAGAUGAGUUAUUUGAAUAAUAUUUUAACGCUGACGGUGGAUCAUAAAAACAAACAAGCACAAAUGUUUGGUAUGAAAUUCAAUUUAACCGACAAGGUCGUUAUAGGCAGUGGCUUAAGAAAUCCUAACAAUGGUUUGAUAGGGUGCAUGCGUGAUAUCAUAGUAAACGGCCAAGCGAUAGAACCUAGAUACGUUAUUAAAACAACAAGAGUUGUCGGCGAAGUGGCACUAGACAACUGCCAGUUUGUCGAUCCCUGCAAAAGACCCAACACGUGCGAACAUGGAGGCUUAUGCUCCAUAAGGGAAGAUCGCAAAGGCACUACGUGUGAUUGCGAAGGUACAGGAUAUAUAGGGAAGAAUUGCCAUUUCACUAUGUAUCGAAAGACUUGUGAAGAAUUAGCUCUGCUUGGUUAUACCAAGCCGGAUGUGUACUUAAUCGAUAUAGAUGGCAAUGGAAGAUUCCCGCCAGCUCACGUCAAGUGUGAAUUUCAGAGCGAUGAAGACGCUACCAAAACUAUUGUCGAGCAUAAUUUACCAAGUCAAGUAGAUGUUAGAUCUCCUACGGAAGAAGAUUUUAGCUAUAACAUAAAAUACCGAGAAUUUUCCGCCGAGAUGCUUCAAGAGCUGAUAUCGCAUUCGCUUUAUUGUAGUCAACAUAUAAAGUACGAUUGUUACAAAGCUCCAAUUGAUUUGCAUUCGGCGACUUGGUUUAUUUCAUCAUUCCGAAACAAUAUUGUUGACUGCAUAGGAACUGUAAAGAGAGGAUCAUGCCCUUGCGCUGUCAAUAAGACCUGUGAGGACCCAAAUGAAGUUUGCAAUUGUGAUGUAGCUCAAGGGAAAUGGUUAUCAGAUGAAGGUUUAUACACUUUGCCUCAGAGUUUAGGAAUUACUCAGAUGGUAUUCUUACAACAGAAAAAUUUAGCGGAAGAUGCCCAAGGAAGGAUUACAUUAGGACCUUUGGAAUGUGUUGAAACAAAUACUCAAAAAUAUGUUGUGACAUUCACAACCUCGCAAUCAUACAUUGAGGUACCCGGUUGGCGCAAAGGUGAUAUAGCCUUCAGUUUCCGAACAACAGGAGAGAAAGCAAUUCUAUUAUUUCAACCACCAAUUCGACCAAAUUAUCCUUCAUUUAUGGUUGCUUUGGCUAACGAUUACCAGCUCACUUUCAACUUUACACUUAGUACAGGAAGUCAGAAGAAAUUGGAAAUAAAUUCAAAUAGAAAAUUAAAUGGCGGAGAAUGGCAUAAAAUUUGGAUCGAUUACAACGAAUAUCAUGUCAGAUUCAUGAUAAAUACAGAUUAUAUGAUGGUUGAUUUGGAGUCAGAGGAGCAGUUUGGGCCAUUUGAAGGAAGCAUGUUCAUCGGUGGAGCUCCAGCGGAUCAUCUAAAAAAAUCAACUAUAAAGCAAGGGUUGAUCGGCUGCUUCCGCGGUUUGGUCGUCAAUGGUGAAAUAUUGGAUAUUUAUAGUUAUAUGUCAACCCAUUUAUCAGAAAUCAUAAAAGAUUGUAGACCUUCUUGUGUCCCAUCGCCAUGUAAGAAUGGGGCCCAAUGCAGGGAACUGUGGAGUACGUUCCAGUGUGUUUGUAGCAACCCUUGGGCACAUGUUGGGCAAUACUGUGAGACAAAUAUCAAUACGAAGGCCAUAACAUUUUCGACACCAGAAUCUUAUCUGAAGAAGAAUUAUAUAUCGGAUUCUAAUAACAACGAGAAACAGUUAAUGAUGAAUAUGAUGCAACAAAAUAUCUUACUAAAUCUUCGAACCUAUGAUGACCACUCACUUAUUUUAUAUGCAAAUGAUAAUUACAAUAAUUUUGUUCAUUUCUACAUAACAAACGGAGAUACAAUUGCGUUUCUAUUUAACCAUGGAUCGAGGAUAAUUAACCUGAAUAUAACACUAGAAUUUAAAGAAUUGAAUAGUGGAAAGAGUAUUCAAUUGGCUAUAAUGAGAUCAGAAACGGAAACUGUAUUGCAUGUAAAUGAUAAAAAUGUAAGCGCUCCAUUUGGCACUCUCCUGUUAGAAGAAUAUUCGAAUCAACCAUGGAUCAAUCCAGAACUAGAGGUUUUGGCUCCUCAUCGUCCUCCGGCGCCACCUACCGACUAUUUCCAAAUAAACUUGGGAGGAUAUGAUAAACUGAAUUUACUUAGAGCUAAUCAGAAUGUACCCGAUUUGCUGGGCUAUGUUGGAUGUAUUCGCGGUCUAAAAAUCGGAGAUUACUUGGUUGAUUUACCAGCUAAGGUGGAAGAAAAUUUAGCGAAAGAUAUUCCAGGUGUGUUUCCAGCGUGUCAGAUGAAAUGUGAUUUAGAACCUUGCAAGAAUGGAGGCAUUUGUACAGAAGAUUUUCGUAAGCAAGAAAGUUCUUGCAACUGUGAACACACUAGUUAUUUUGGUGAAUUUUGUAUGGAAGAAAAGGGAGCCGAUUUCAGUGGCGAGUCUGUUUUGCAAAGAAAAUUCAUUUUGGAUAACGAGGUAGAUUCUGUGAAAAUACAACUAGCUUUCUCAAGUAGCGAUUUGAGACAGAAAAGCAACAUAAUGCUGUUAUUGCAAACUGUAAAUAGCAGGAGUUAUUACUUAUUAGUGGCGCUAACAGCUGAAGGUUAUUUGCAGUUUGAAGAAGAUAGAGAAGGGUCUGUGUUUGGAGCGAAAGUUAGCAGAAACUUUCUAAACGGUGCUAGGCAUUCCGUCUAUUACAAAAGGUAUCACAACAGCUCCAUAUUGUUAAUAGACAGAACUGAAGUAUCUUUAGAAAUAUUACCCGAAGUCAAUUUUGUAAAAUCUCCUAAGGAAGGAAUCAAUGAAAUACAAAUCGGUGGUUUAUCGACAGAUGAUCCCAGAUUUGCUACAUUCAAAAGCUAUUCAGGAUGCCUCUCAAAUAUAUAUAUUGAAGUCAACAAUCAUACUAUGAAACCUUUAGAAGAAUAUAUGCUUUUCACAAAAUCAGGAGCUGAGAAUAUAACAGUUCUGAACUCACUAGGUGUAAGGAGUGCGCAAUGUAACUCUCAAUUCGACAUAAUUGAACAUCCUCCACCUGGUCAUAGCUUGAACAUGAGCAUGCAGGGAUCUAAUAAAGCUUGGGUAGAAGAACCACCUUCAAGAACUCCAUAUGAGUCACAGUACGCUCGAGCAUCUGAAGAAGAAGAUAGAUCGCAAUUAGUGUUUAUCAUAGUUACCUCUUUAUUCUUCUUUAUCAUAAUAUGUUGUAUCAUUGAAGUAUUGCGAACAAAUUAUCAACAUAAAAAGCGAAUAGAAAGAGAAACUGACGAAAGUAUCAUAAUUGCGAAAGAACAUGCAACUAAGCUGCACGAAUCACCAGCUGUUGGCAUGAAAUUUGGUGGAUAUAAAGCGGUACCAACUGUUGAAGAUGAGAAGAAACCAGUUACCAACGGAACUUUACCAAAGAUUGAAGAAAAGUGUGACAGCGUUGCAGACCUUAAUGGAUCCAUAAAUAAAUCUUUAGAUCAUCUAAAGCCACCAGAAGUAGCAGUUGCUGAUAUCAACACCUGUAUUCCAGAAAAGAAUAAAGACUUUUUAUGUGGUAUCAGAGAAAGUCAGCUCUUAGAUCAUGAACUGCAGUGGGACUCCAUGGAAGACAAGGAAUCCAGGCAGAACGAUGAUGCAGAGUCGGACCAUAGCGAAGAAGACGACUUGGGUGAAUUGCCGAGUUACACACAACAACCGCAUGCAUUUUCAGCCAAUGGCUUUACACGGAAGGUGACGUCAUGUCCGUUGUUGGCCCAGGUAGAUGGCGCAACCGUCCCGCAGUUACCCGAGUUCCCCAACGGAACAGCGAAAAGAGCAAGCUCGUCAACUUUCCUUGGACGACUUAGAAAAAACAAAACACUCUUCGGAAGACGCAGCUCACAAAACUUGUCCCCGGUCUUCUUGAACGAGGCCCAACGAUCAUUUUACAAUCCGAUAUUCUACCUUGGAGGACCACGAAUCGCUACACAAACACGGACAAGCUUGGAAUCUGUCCUAUCACUCGACUAACCAUUGACCAGAGUUUAUUUUAUGGUA